AUGAGCUCAGGGCAAGAGGAAGAUUCAUUGAUCAACGAUGAACUGUUCCAUCUAUAUAUCGAAUAUCAGCUUUGCAAAAUCAAGAACACGCCCUCUCUCUGGAACGCUGAUGACACUGAAAAGUAUGCUUUGAUAAGCAUCUUGACUCAAUGCCAAAAGAUCAAUGGAAAUACACUACGCUCGGUGAUGAAGGAUAUCUUUGAAAACUCUGUUGCCAAGUAUGCAGACAGUAGCAGCAGCACAAUGAUAGUCCAUCACUCCACACCCCACAUGAAUAGCAGUAAAAAUAGAAUCCCUCAAGUCAUUGUCAAUACAACAGAAGAUGAUGAUGAUGAUGAUGAGACAGAUUCAGAGGCCAGUAAAGAAGCUACAACAAGCUUAGGCUGUAACAGAACGCGCAUCAUUGAUAGAAUGUAUAUCGACCUUGACAAUGCCGCAGUCAGCAAAAGAAACAUCCUCCCAUCAAACACUCCCAGACGUGGUCGCUCGUUGACACCCAGCAAACUGGAGCCCAAGGAAAAGAAGCAAAAGCAUAAGGGAAAGGCAGUUGUGAAUCCAAUCGUCCAUUCACUGUUGACCGAUAGUAAAAUCGCGGAGAUGGAGCAAAUGGCAUCUCAAGCAGGACGAACCAAAGCAUUGCUCAGAAAGAGAAUCUACGCCAUCAAUGACAGCGUUUCAAUGAAUGUUUCCUCUAAAAUACCAGCCACAUUCAGCGUGUUGAACUAUGGAAACUGCCCUGGCACCACCAUGAAGAAUAUGUACAGAUGCCAGGAGAACUUUAUUGUCUAUCGAUUUGGCAAACUCGUUGAAAGAUUGCAUCAAGAGUGUUCAGAGAGAGAAGCGCGUGACAAAGCAAAAGAGUACUACAAAGAGUUGCAGCACGAGCUGAAACGACAAAACAAAACAUACUCUAUGGUUCCUUGGAGUCAUUUUGCAUAUAGUUGUAAAAAAUCAGUUCAAUACGCCAAUGAAUUCGGCAUCUACUGCCUUUUCAUACCUGAAAUCCUUACACCUACCAUGCUUAAAAGGACGCCUUUCGAGGACUUGAGGGCACUCUUACUCUACAUGGAUGAAUCAUGCUCUAUCUUUAGAAACAUUGUCCAGGUAGAUUGCGAGGGAAAUAUCAUUGCACCACACAGACAAAAGUCAUCGCAGGGUCUCAUGACCAACAAGGCAGACAUUAGUGGCAGUGUAUUGCAACACUGA